AUGGGAUCCUGCACGAGAAGGAAAAACAGCAAACAUGACAUAGCUGCCAAUGCCAACUUCGCCUUCAGCGGAUACCAGGGACACAAGAACUACGAAGAUGUCCACGGCAUCGAAGACUUUUGGUCUUGGCUUCGCCUCGGAUACCUUCCUCUUGUCGUCCAGCCGGCCUGGUCCUACUCGGAGGGCAGAGACAUCGCCGUAGCCAGCGUGUUCGACCUUUCCGCAGGGCCGGUGUCGGAGCCGAAUCAGACAUGGAAGCUGAAUGCUUUCGGGAGUGGGGGCCAGCCGCUGCCUAUUUCUGGUGACUAUCUUCGCCACAACCGCAUGGUUGGUGGCAUUCGCCUCCAUCAGGGCGUCUCUUCGGGCUCGACGGCUUCGUGCAGAUUUCCUGGCGCGGGGCAGCGAAGUGCAUGGGAGAGGUGGUAUGGCAAGUCCUGCAAGCCGAACUACCAGGAGGUUAUCUAUUCACCGGAACCGGCAGAUGGACAGAUUUUCCACAAUCCGGUGAGAGUCGAGUGGUUCUUGCCGGAGAUGGACGGCCUCGAUCACAUCUACUCCAAG